AUGCCGUCAAUCAUUAAAAGAUGGAGAUUAGCUUUUAUAGCUGCUGUGUUUAUGAUUUUUAGUCUUCAUUAUCUUCAUUCGAGGCGGAAUAUUUGGAACUAUGGCUCGAAUUAUAUACCUUCGAUAUCGAGACCACAUCUACCGGAUGGGAAGAUCCAUUGGUCGAAAUUGCCAGAACGAUAUCCAGUUACUUCACACAUUCCUUUACCGACCGGAAAACCAAAGAAGAUUCCGCAGAUUCAAAAUACCCCGCCCAAAGAAGACGCAGCGCAGAAAGAAGAAAGAUUAAAGCGAUUGGCGGCGGUAAAGGAGAGUUUCGUACACAGUUGGGAAGGGUAUAAAGCGCAUGCAUGGUUGCGAGAUGAGGUUUCUCCAUUAUCAGGAUCAUGGAAAGAUACAUUUGGUGGCUGGGCCGCUACUUUGGUGGAUUCUUUGGAUACGUUGUGGAUUAUGGGGUUGAAGGAAGAUUUUGAAAUUGCGGUUCAAUCAAUUGAGCAAAUUGAUUUUACGACGACGAAUGAGAAGGAGAUUAAUGUUUUUGAGACGACGAUUAGAUAUAUGGGUGGCUUUUUGGCCGCGUAUGAUGUUAGUGGGGAAAAAUAUCCAGGGUUGUUGUUGAAGGCUGUGGAGGUUGCGGAGUUGUUGAUGAGUUGUUUUGAUACCCCAAAUAGAAUGCCCAUCCCUAGGUGGGAUUGGAAGAAAUAUCUAGAAGGAGGAGAUCAAAUAGCACCUAGGCGAGCUUUGGUUUCUGAACCGGGUUCUUUGACUCUGGAGUUCACUCGUCUUAGUCAGUUGACUGGAAACCCAAAAUAUUAUGAUGCUGUCCAGAGAAUCUCUAAUGAAUUCGAGAAAAGUCAAAACUCUACUCGCUAUCCCGGAUUAUGGCCUGUCAGUGUCGACAUGCAAAAGCUUCGAUUCGAUGAAGAUACGAUUUUCUCCCUCGGCGGGAUGGCAGAUUCUUUGUACGAAUAUCUCCCAAAACAAUACAUGAUUCUCGGCGGAGUUCUAGAUCAACCCAAGAAAAUGUACGAAAACUUCAUCUCGGUGGCUCAAGAAAAAAUGUUCUUUUCAAUCUUAAACGAAAAGAACCAAAAAAUUAAAGUCUCAGGAGAUAUCCGCAUAAAAGGUAUAGGCGAAAGCACCACUCCGGAACUCAUGCCCCGCGGCCAACACCUGACUUGUUUUACCGGCGGCAUGAUUGGAAUCGCCUCGAGAAUCUUCAAUCGACCCUCUGAACUUGCGCUUGCAGAAGAACUCACCCAUGGAUGUAUAUGGGCGUACGACAGUAGCCCCAACGGAAUCGCCCCUGAAAUCUUCAGCGUGGUCCCAUGUCUUAAAAAUCACGAUUGCACGUAUUCAAAGGAGAAAUGGUACGAUGUGCUCGCGGAAAUCUAUACGCAUCCGAUUACGAAUACAAAAGCGGACACGGAGAAGAAAUUAGAUGGGGUGGUGGAGGAUAGGAGACUAAGUCCGGGGUUUACGGCCGUGGAUGAUCGGAGAUAUAUUUUAAGACCGGAGGCGAUUGAGAGUGUGUUUAUUAUGUGGAGGAUCACGGGUGAUAGGAAAUAUGUUGAUGCGGCGUGGCGGAUGUUUAGAGCGAUAGAACGGGUUUGUAGGACGGAGAUUGCGUCGGCGGCGGUGAUGGAUGUUACUGUUACUGUUUCUGUGAAGAAUCACGAGAAGAAAGAAAAAGAAGGAAAGGACAAGAAAGGAAAAAGUAAAGAUAAAAAAGAAAAAGAACAACAUUUUGCGAAAAACCUAGGUGGUUUAUCUGCAGAAAAUGAUGAGGAUGAUGAGGAUGAUGAAGAUGGCGUACAACAAUUAGAUAGUAUGGAGAGUUUCUGGUUGGCGGAGACGUUGAAAUAUUUUUAUUUGUGUUUUGAGGAGUGGGAUGUCGUGAGUUUGGAUGAGUGGGUUUUGAAUACUGAGGCGCAUCCUUUGAGGAGGGUUAGGGGGUGA